CGGAAGCGGCGCGGCGCACGCGGACGGUAGGAGCGGGGCGGCGGCGGGGUCCAUGCGUGUCCGCGGCGCCUGGUGCGACCGGCGGCCGCUCCUGCCGUGCCGGGGAACCCCUGCAGCCUGCCUAGCCGGCGCACCGCACCUCUGCGUGCCCCUGCCCGGCUUUGCGGCCGGGCAGUCUCUGGAGCUGAGCUCGGUGUUUUCCUCCCACCCCGGGCCCCGCGCUCGUCUCCCGUGCCCGUGGGGGUGGUGCGGAGCCGCCUCCUGUCAGCUCCUGAGGCCGCGCCGCCUCCCACGGGGAGGCCGCCGGUGCCUGCGCUGACCCCUUCCCUCCCGCGUGGAAAGGCCUUUGGGUCCCCAAUGGAGCAAGCGCUCAAGCCCGGUGUCUGGCGAGCCGUGGGGCUGUCCCCCGCUAGCUGCGGCCGGUGGUGGUGGGGGCUGAGGUACCGCUCCACUCGGGAGCAGCGGCUCCCGCCCUUCGCACCGCCGGCCGCAGGCGGGGACGAGGCAGGGCCGGCCCGAGGGGGGGAUGGCGGCAGGCAGCUUCCCCCACUAGCCGUCCCGGAGGCUUCUCGGGCGGUGACCCACUCCCGCACCUCCCACGAGGGCCUGGCCCCGCAGAGACAGCCACGGCCGUGGCACAAGUCGUACGAGAGAGGGGCCAGGCCGGCUGCGCCAGGCAGCAGGGAGCUGUGGAGCUCGGGAGAGGGUGACUCCUCAAAGACGAGGAAGAGGCAGGAGCAGAAGCCUCUACUGAUCGAGAGGACUAAAGGCUCAGAGAUCUUAUUUGGGAUCGCACCGUGUUCCCUGGCCCUCUCCCAGUCGAGAAGGGACGUGUUCAAGUUGUUCCUCAAGGAGAGCAGCGGCCCUCGGCGGCUCGUAAUGAGUGAGUUUGUCCUUCAGGCCGUGGCCCGGGGAGUCCCCGUGCACCACGUCAAAGGGAGAGAGCUGGAUGCUCUUUGCAGAGGUCGGGUCCACCAGGGAGUUUGUCUGGAGGUCACUCCUCUCCGUUUCAAGAGUUUGGAGGAAGCUGAAAAGCCGGAUUUAGGGGAUGAAGAGAAUCCGAAGCAGCAGUUGAUUUGGCUGGUGUUGGAGCAGAUCCAGGAUCCCAUGAACCUGGGGGCACUGCUGCGCUCUGCGUACUUCUUGGGGGUGGACAGAGUGGUGACAAGCCAGAGGAACAGCUGCCCAUUGACUCCGACAGUGAGCAAAGCUAGCUCUGGAGCUGUGGAAGUCUUAGAUGUCUACAGCACGGAUGAUAUCCAGAGCUUUUUGAAGGCUAAAACUGCAGAAGGCUGGGAAGUUGUGGGAACAGUCACCAAGCCUGAGGGUGUGGAAAAUGUUCCUGUCAUCAGUUGCUUGGAAUUUCGGUGGAGUAAACCCGUUAUUAUAGUAAUAGGGAAUGAAGGUGACGGACUUUCCCUAGAGACGCAGCUCUUGUGCCAUCGGAUGCUGGCCAUACCCCCUGGCAGGGCGCUUCACCCCGGGAUCGAGUCGCUGAACGUCUCUGUUGCUACUGGUAUUUUCCUGCACUCCAUCUGCAGCCAAAAGCUGAGGCACAGUGACUGAUAUUUUUUUUUUUUAUUUGGUGUGGGAAUCUGCUCGGCGUUUCAUGGCUGUGCUCUGCUGGUGUGGAUAUGGCAGCGCUCUUUCCAGGGUCUUCACCGUCGCCGCAAGUUGCAGGGAGAGCCCCACUGGCCUGAGCUGUGUCUUGACUGAGGCACAAUACCAUCAGAACAACCCUGGUGUAACGCUGAAGUCAGACACCUGCGUGUACUAGGUAACACCUCCCACCGGCACCUCGGAGGAGCGGCUGUAAGGAAGGGCACAAAGCUAAGUUUUCAAAGCAGAGCAACAAAUCUUUCAGUUUUUGCAGUAAAAUACCUGGUGAUGGCUGCGAGCUUUGUGUUUGUUGCACGGUAGACUUUGUUGGACGGGAGAAUUUGUUGCACAAAUUUUCUCUGUGCUGUGGAGAGAAUUUGGGCUGUAGGUGAGAGAUGGUGGUGCCGCCGAGAGCAGCCGUGCCCACCCUGUGCCCGAGCCCGCCGACCCCUUAGCAGCCAAGAGGUUGCUGGUGAUAACCAGGUAUGAUUUGGGACUCCUCAGUAGCAAUUUCUUCACAAAGAGGCGGUUUCUGUGUUACAUAUUGGUGCUUGAGUGUCUGAAGCCACACCGUGUUGUAUUGGGUUGUAAACCAGGUCUGCAGCCCUGCCGAAGGACGGACAUGAGCUGUUAGAAAACAGCUGUGGCGGGGAAAAACGCAGCCCACUGAAAUAAAGCCUCAGUAAAGA